CUUUAUGGAAACGCAAACAAGUUCUAGUCAAGCCGAAAGCUCAUUACGUUAUCAAGCCUUUUCAAGUGAAGAGGAAUAUUCUACUUUGGUACAAGAAGAUGAGAAUACUACAAGGUCACUGACCAAGAAUAUGCUUCAACGGAAACAUAGCGACCAUGACACUGCCGUGUCCACCAACAGCAACGAAGAAGAAGUUAACGAUGCACUAAACUGCCCUGAAAACAACGACAGGAACCAAGUAAAGUCAUCACCCGAGAUUGUAAGUGAUAUUGUCGCAACCGGUUCAGAAAUCCUUGAUAGCAUCUGUCAGGGAAAAGAUGUUGAAAAAGUAGCGAGUGCCCAUCCUCUUCUUCCUUUAUCUCUUUUAUGUAGUUUUGUCCUUGAAAAACAGCGAAACUGGGAACAAGAAGAUAUUGAAACACAAAGACUUUUGGAAUACGUGUGUAUGGAGAUUCAAGAAAGCUGCGACACUCAGACUUUGAUCAACAUGGUGCAAGUAGUCAUAAAUGAACUUGUCAGUUUUUAUCAGAAUAGCAUGGUUUUCAAGGUAUUUGACAUUAUAAUAUCGAGAGUUUUUGGAAUCCUCAGUAGAAGACGCGAGUUUGAAUAUCGAGACUUGCGAUGGAGCUAUUAUCGUUUUCAGAUGAAUAAGAAUUCUUUAAGUAUAAAAGAACGAGUGUAUUCCGAACAAUGCUUAGUUUCAUUUGACAGUAUACGCAAAGUUGAAAGAGAUGGAAAGAUAGACGGGCCUUGCAUCAUAUUCUUCUGUUUUAAAACUAUCUUAAAAGAAGAGAAAGCUAGAUGUCUGGUACCGCUUUUGUUGCAAGUGAUGAAAGAAACAAAACCUCCCAACUGGGUAGGAGAUAUGAUAAUCGAUCAAGUACUGAAAUCAAUGAAGAGGAUGGAGUUACAAGACAUACAAAACAUUUUCUACAAGUUGCUUCAGUUUGCAAAUACGGGUAGUUCAACUUUCGAUUCGUUCUUCACCAAGUUUGUAGUAUUCAUUUCCCAAUUAGAAAGACAUUGUGAAAUGCUUAAUCAUUACGAUUCCAUCAAUGCUUCUCAAGACUUUGGUAUACGUCUCGAUUCUCAUGAUUCUUCGACUUUACUAGCAUUUGAGUGUUCUAUCUUGAAACAAUUCAUCUUUACGUGUAGAAAUGAAUCAUCCCUUGGGAAAAGGUUCCUCAAGCUAUUUAGAAAAGAUAUGAGACUGAGAAACUCUAUUGGUUUAGCCUUUCUCCUAGUCGUUGCUCAUAAUAGAAUUCUUUGCGAAGAAGUUUUUGAAACAUUAAUCUUUGUGCUCCAAUCGGAAGCAAAAAGCAAAGCUCAGUUUAACUCAAAAUCAAGAGACAUUCAAUCGCUUGCUUCGAUAAUGUUUCCAAAAAUGACGGAAGGAAAGGAAAGUCCUUUUUGGUCAGAAAUGUUGGAUUGUUUAGAAAAGACAACCAGAGCCGUUGUCGAUAAAUGGAAUUUUCUCAUGGCGCCGUUGAUAGAGUUUUCUAUUUAUGCCUUAGAUAAUGAAGAGCUGUUUCAUUUUCAGGAAUACGGUUUGCACGGGCUUUACAAGUUAUGUGAUAUUAUACAAAUACUAUUUUCUAGUGAAACGGGUUCACAAGCACCCUUAUUGGAUGCAAUCUUUCGUAAUCUGUUGAAUCAGCGAAUCGAUACUAACUUAGGAAUCCAAACCAUCCUCAAAAUGGAAUCUGAAUGUUUAACGAGUAUUCUCAACGAGAGCUUCAACAGUAAAGCCAAACAAUUUUUUCUGGAAGAUUUUAGGUAUAUUCGUCCUUAUCAAGGUUUGCAGUUCAUUCAAUGUAUAUUGCCGAUAUUACGCUUAAACUCCGAACUAUGCAACGUUGCUAUCGCUACUCUCAAAAAGUGUCUAGCUUUUAAUCAAACUUCAAGCAGACGCCUUGCACUCGAUAGUUUGCUGAUGUUUGCCAAUAUGUCUGAAAUGACUCGAGAAAUAGAGAUAACGGUGGAUGAACUUCCUCUUUUGCUUUUACGCUCAUUGAGUCAAAACUAUAUGGUUCGUCAGAAUGUUUAUAGAAAAUUGACCGCCACUUGUUUCACUCGCAUGAGAAAAUCUACGUGCAGACACAUAUUUUUCAUCAUGGAAGAGCAUUGGAAGAGAUAUUUGGAUGACUCAGUGACUCCCGUCGUACAAUUUGCACGAUGCGUUGAAUGUCAUACUGGAUUCUUGAUCGAACCCAUUUCAGAACUAUUUCAAUGCUACUUGAGCUUAUAUGCAUUUAACAAAUCAUCAUCAGAAAAAGAUAUUAUGGUUCAGAAGCUUUGCAACUCAAUCAUAGCAACUGAUCUUUUGGACUUGGGAAUAAGCGGACAAGAGAUCGACCUCCGAAUGGAAGGAAUUGCCAGAAAGAAACGUAAUAUUUGUCGUUGCUUUUAUCAUAUGGUGAAUAUCCUUAUUCUGGAGCUCAUUUGUCAGGAAGAAUUAUUCGUGAGUUCACUUGAAAUUGAGUCAUUGACUUCAUUAUUUCAUUUGAAGGAGAAUCUUGAACUCGUUAUGAAGUCCGCUGGAAUGGCCUUUGAAGUGGACACAUCGAACAAAAAGCCGACUAAACAAAGACAAACAGAAGAUAAGCCAUUGCUUUCCUCACAGUCUUUUAAAAGGAAUGGACCCAAAGGUUUUCAUUUGGAGUUUUCAAUGAAGAUUGACAACUGGAGGAAUGUUAUAGAUCGUAUAAGACAACUCAAACAGAUGUCGCCUUCCAACCUUUGCUUUUCUACGGAUUCGAUAUUCGCACAGAGUCUUCGUUUCCUUCUUAAAUUAGUUUCUGAUGAAAUACGUAACGCACUGAGUUCCAAUUCAAAGACUCUCAUAGAUGUUGAACAAAGAAUUGAGAUUAGAGUUCAAAUUCCACUAUGGAUAUGUGCCAGUUGGAGUGAUUUUGAGUUUCGUCGUAACAACAUCAAAUCUCGACCUCUUUUGCCUCUCCAAAAUGUCAACCACUGUUUACGCUGGCUUUCGACUUGUUUAUUACCAAUGGAAGAGAAACAAGGUCGGCGAUUUAUUUACGUCAUUUCAUUCUUGACCUCAUUGUCCAGUUUAGAAAUAGUUGUGGAUUCCUGUAAUCAACUGAAAAUUCUACAUCAAAAGGAAAAUCUCAAAAUAGAAGACAAAAAAUGUUCUCAAAUAAUGUAUUUGUUAGAGACCGUGAGCAAAGCUAUUUUGGAUAUGUUGAGAGAGAGUCGAUGGAAUGAAACCAAUGAACUACUGAGUAUCCUGAUGUUCGUCAAAGAAUUGUACCAUAACGACGAUUCGGUUUGGGAGUAUCUGGAGACAUUCAGCAUUGAAACAAUAUCCAAAGUGACCUUCGAAGACGGACAUUGUUUAUUCAAGCUGCAAUCUCUAACCUGGAGAACUUUAGAAAGCAAAAUACUUUGCCUGGGCAAUAUUUCAACGAUGAUUUAUCGAAAACUUGGGGAUAUUGGGGAAAGUGUAGAGAACUCCACGGACUCGUGGGAUGGAGAUAAUCUUCUUAUCGGUUCAGAGGCAGUUGAACAGCUUCUACAGAGCAUAACUGCUCGGUCGUUUGAUUUAUUUGAAGACGUACGUUGGAUUCUAAAGACUCAAGCCAUUUUCUUGGAAGCGAACAAAGAAGCAUGUUUGCAAAUACUUUGUGAUAUCAUUCAACCUAUCGUUGAUGUUUUGAAGAAUUUGGCACGUUCUCAUGUGAUGCAAUGGCCUAUUUGUCAGUCCAUCCUUCAGUCUUUGAUUCAGUCUUACAGAGUUCUGCAUUAUAUAUUCUCCAUCCACCUGCGUUAUCAAUUGAAGCCGGCUGAGAGGACUUGUCAGUUAGCCAACUUUGUACUGACCGAAUAUACUCCAGUCAUUUAUUUAUUCAUACCCUACAUUAACCAGCAUGAAACAACCCAUUUGAAAAAGGUGGUGAAAGUCGUUCCUCAAUUAAUUUUUCUCGUGGAACAAUUGGAAACUACGUUGAUUCGUCUUUCGAAACGGACGCACACCCCAGAAAUACUGAGAGGCUGGAAAAGAAGCACUGCACGAGACUUUAAAAUUUUGGACGAACAGGUCGACAAAGAAAACAAGUCACGUAGAAUAGAAAAUAGUAAACAUGUCCACGACGCAAGAGAGCAACCAUAGUGUUUCGCUGUUGCAGGAUCUCGUUAACAAACAAGUACGAAACCUAAAAAUUGCUAUCACCAGUAAAAGUUUUUCUGUACUU